GACGGAGCUCAAGAGCCUGGCCAACCAUGUGGUGGUGGGCAACGUCUCGUGCGAAACCAAGGACCUGUUUGCGGCGCUGCCGCAGGUGGUAGCUGUCGACAUCAACGACCUGGGCACCAUCAAGCUCAGCCUGGAGGUGAACUGGAACCCCUUCGACAAGGACGAUCAGCCCUCAGCUGCCAGCACGGUCAACAAAGCAUCCACUGUCAACAAACGAUUCUCCACCUACAACCAGAGCCCGCCCGACACGCCCUCCCUGCGGGAGCAGGCCUUCUAUAACAUGCUGCGGCGGCAGGAGGAGCUGGAGAACGGCACGGCCUGGUCCAUCUCCUCGGAGUCGUCGGAUGAUUCCUCCAGCCCCCAGCUGUCGGGCAGCGCCCGCCACGCCUCCCACAAGCCCAUCGUACAGCCCGAGGUGCAGGCCUCCGCCCCUGCCAUAGAGAUCGCCUUCUCCCAGCAAGAGGAGGCGGGCGCCGCAGCCGAGCCCCCCAGCCGGCAGGAGGAGCCAGGGGGCCCGAGGAAGGAGGUGGUGGUCAAUGGGCACGUGCCCUACUCCCGGACUCUGAGCCACAUCAGCGAGAGCAGCCUGGACGCGGCAGUGGAUUGCAGGGAGGGCUCCAGCGCCCAUGGUGGGGAGUCUUCACCAGACCCCCAGGACCCCAGCACCGGGGAGCUGCCUCCCCUGGAAACAGACGCUCUCCCCGAGGCCUCGAACUCACUGGUGCUCUGGGCUGGGCCGGACAAGGGCCCGGAGGCUGAGCCCUGUGGGGCCAUGUCUCAGGCCGAGGCCUGUGAGCCUGUGGUGGGGCGGGCUGAGGCCGCUGUGUGCCAAGCUCUGGGGCCGCAGGGGCAUGAGGUCUCCCCGGGCCGGCCAGUGGUGCUGCAGCCAGUCUCAGAGGAGAGGGGGAGGCCGGCCCCUGCCUCGCUCCCGCCCCCCAGCCCAGCAGAGGUGCCAAGGCCCAAGCCUGUGGACUGCGGCCUGGAGGAGGCCAUUGGCUCGCUGGGCUCGGCCCUGGACGACUACCGGGGGCAGUUUCCCGAGCUGCAGCCGCUGGAGCGGGAGCUGAAACGCCUAGAGGAGAUCCUCAUGCACAAGCAGGGCAUCUUCCUGAGCCGGGCCUCCAGCAUCAGCCUGACGGUGGAGCACGCCCUGGAGAGCUUCAGCUUCCUCAACACCUCGGACAUGGACGACUCGGAGGGCUCGGAGGAGGAGGGCAGCCGGAGCGAGCGGAGGGCUGGCGGGGCUCGUGCUGCGGGCGGGGCAUUGGGAGGCUGCGAGGCGACGGCCGAGGACACCGGCACGUGCAGCGGCUCUGAGGGCAGCUCUGACCCCAUGAGCACCGGCAAUGAGUUCCUGGACAGGGCCGUGGUGCUGCACCUCAGUAACUGCAACCGCCUGCUGCUGAAAUUGGGCACAUUUGGGCCGCUGCGGUGCCGGGAGAUGUACGCCCUGGACAAGCUGAUGAGGGAAGCGCAGGUGCUGGAGAUUGUCUGCCAGCUGACGGAGGAGAAAUCGGGAGUGGCCAACGUUGCAGCGGAAGUGGUGCAGUUCUCCACCCGGAAGGAGGGGGUGCUGGCCUUCUGGGACCGCUGCGUGGAGCAGCCCAAUGUGUACACCUGCCCCGUGGAGCGGUUCCUGCGCACGCUCAGUGCCCAGUAUGCAGCACCCGUGGCUGAGCGGCAGCCGGGCCUGGCAGACUCAGUGUGCGUGAAGCUUGUGGAGGAUGUGCUGGACCGGCGGCUGCCCAAGCGCCCUGGGAGUAGCCAGGGUGAGCAGCUCACCAUCUUCCAGUACUGGAGCCACUUCGAGUCGCUCCCCGUGUCUACACUGGAUGCCUACGUCAUGGAGCUGGCUGAGGAAGUGCUGCUGGCCCAGAACCUGAACUCGGACGACCAGGACGUGGUGCUGAAGGCGCUGAAGCGAGUGCCCGAGAGCCGGCUCAAGAAGGACGGGCUGAAGGCCAUGAGCUCGCUGCUCAUCGAGGGCAACAGCAAAGUCAUCAGUGCCGUGUCCGCCCAGCUACGCAGCCUCGGCGAGAACCCCCGCUUCCGGGAACGGGCCCUGGUGUGGUACUUGGAGCAGCUGGAAGAUGAAGAGGCGCAGACGCGAAUCGCCAGCUGCGCAGCCCUGGGGUGUCUCAAGGCCAAAGAAAGCAUCGAGCAGCUGGUGUAUCUGUGCCAAACGGACAAGGAGGAUGUGCGGGAGGCAGCCAAGCAGAGCCUGAUGCUAUGCGGGGAAGAUGGGAAAUCGGCUCACCGGCGGCUGGAGGAGACUCUGAACAGCUUACCGAGGAUCUUCGCACCAGGCAGCAUGGCCAGCACAGCUUUCUGAGACACGCUGGCACUAACACACUUGUGAUCCCUUUGGGGUGAAGGCACCAGGGAGCUGCUGGAGGCUCUCUCAGCCUGGGCCCAGCUCCCAUCCCUUGGGAACAUGCAGCAGUAUUAGUACCUCCCUGCCAGCCCGACACCCCCCCUCACUGCCUUACGGAGCACAGCUUUCCCUCCCCCCGGCACUGUGCCAGAGGGGCUGCUGGGCACACCACCGUGGAGAAGUGGGGCUUCGGACACUCCCCUCCCCUCCAACUUGCUUUUCUAUUUCAACUUGCUAGGUGGGGCCAGAGCUUGUGCGCCCCUGCUGGAGACUGGGUUGGCCCGUGAAGUCUGCAUUGGGACUCCUUCCAGUAGCUCGCAGGCUGCUCAGACUUCCCCAGAUGGACAUGCACUUUGAGGCGAUGUUGUUUCUUUCCGGGAGCUCCCUUUGCUGUGGGCACCGUCCUCCUUCAGCGCCUGGAGUCCCCGGGACUCAAAUAAAACGAGACAUAGAUAUUAA